AUGCCUCCCAAACCACAAGAUGAACUUUUGGGUGUUGUUCACUUGUUAUCCAAAGCCGCAAGGAUAAUUGGCGAACAGGAAGCUAGGCUGGGCUCGUUGGCAAGGGAGUACAAGUCCAGUGUGACAUUAGAAGAAUUCCAAAAAGUGGCGGAGGAGCGUGAUAAUCUUCAGGACAAUUUGAAUCAAGCAAACGAAAGGGUGUUAGAGUUAGAAAACCAGCUCUCGUCAACUUUGAAGGAAUUUCGAUCACACCGAGACGCUGCUGAACUUACCAGUAGACUGAAAAAUCAAGCGCUUGCAGAAGCCAGGGAAGAGGCUAACAGAUGGCACGAACAAUGUACUCGGAUAGAGCAGGCUCGGGAGGUACGAGCCUCCCAGAUUGAUGCUCUUAUCCAGGCUCUCCAUGAGCGGCACACCAGCCUCUCACAGUUGUAUCACGGACGAAAUAUUCCCGGUUACAAUUUCCUUUCGUCAGAGGCUGUUCACUGCGAGCCAGCUGCCAAAACCGAAUCCGAUAUGCCAGGAUUCGGGGGCUCGUUCAACACUUCCGUAACGAGACCAUCGACUAGUUCUGGCGACGUGAAUGAUCCUCGCACACUGAACACUUCAUUUCGACGACAUUCUAAUGGUCGGCAAGCUGAAGCUGGAUAUUACACUGGAGAAGAUCAUAACGAUUCGGAGGUGGAUGAGAUGGCAAUAAUUCCCUCCAGUCGUCGGAAGAGAACUUCUGAUGCCCAGACUAUCGGGCAUGCUUUGUUCGAAUCCUCACUCCAUAUUCCAUCUACAGCCGAUUCAGUUCGUUCGUCCAAGAAGCGGAAAGCACCUCAAGCUAUAAAUUCCAAAAAAGCAAAGCGAUGAUAGCAAAUUCUCGUACAG